AUGUCAGCAGAGGGAAAUCAGAGUUCUGAAGCCACUUUUACUCUCUUGGGCUUCUCAGAAUAUACAGACCUGCAGGUGCCCCUCUUCCUGGUAUUUCUGACCAUCUACACAGUCACAGUGGUGGGAAACCUGGGCAUGACCAUGAUCAUCAAGAUCAACCCCAAACGCCACAUGCCCAUGUACUUUUUUCUUAGUCACUUGUCCUUUGUUGAUUUCUGUUAUUCCGUCACAAUUACACCCAAACUGCUGGAGAACUUGGUUGUGGAAGACAAAACCAUCUCCUUCACAGGAUGCAUCAUGUAAUUCUUCUUGACUUGUUUAUUUGUAGUGGCAGAAACAUUCAUGUUGGCAGUGAAGGCCUAUGACCGAUAUGUGGCAGUGUGUAACCCUCUGCUCUACACAGUCAUCAUGUCCCCAAAGUUCUGUGCAUCAUUCGUGGCUGGGCUCUACACAUGGGGCAUAGUCUCUUCCCUGACAUUCACCUAUUUUCUCUUGUCAUUGUCUUUUUGUGGGUCUAACAUAAUCAAUAAUUUUGUCUGUGAGCACUGUGUCACUGUCUCCAUCUCCUGCUCUGUCCCCUACAUUAGCCAAGUGCUUUUUGUCAUUUCUAUAUUCAAUGAGGUGAGCAGCCUGGGAGUCAUCCUGACUACUUACAUCUUCAUCUUUGUCACUAUCAUAAUAAUGCCUUCUGCUGUUGGGUGCUAGAAAGCUUUCUCUACUUGUGCUUCCCACCUGACUGCUAUCACCAUUUUCCAUGGAACUGUUCUGUUCUUUUACUGUGUACCCAACUCCCAAAAUUCAUGGCUCAGAGUCGAAGUGGGUUCUGUAUUUUAUACAAUCAUCAUCCCCAUGCUGAAUCCUUUGAUCUACAACCUUAGGACAAAGAUGUGA